GCCAUGGAGGGAGGCGGCGGCGGCGUCGGUGGCGGCUCGGGUGGCUGCGCUGGGAGGCGGCGGUGAGCGGCUCCCAGGCUCCCCCAAGACUCCUCCCGGCCCGGCUCCGGCCCUUCCCGGGACGGAGCGCCGAGCAGCCCCGGCUCCGGGCUACGGACUAUGGGCGAGCAGCGCUGAGCACCGGGGGAAGAGCCGAGGAUGAAGCGGAGAGCAUCCGACAGAGGAGCUGGGGAAACGUCGGCCAGAGCGAAAGCUCUAGGAAGUGGAAUUUCCGGGAAUAAUGCGAAGAGAGCUGGGCCAUUCAUCCUUGGUCCUCGCCUGGGCAACUCACCAGUGCCCAGCAUUGUACAGUGUUUGGCAAGGAAAGAUGGCACAGAUGACUUCUACCAGCUGAAGAUUCUGACCCUUGAGGAGAGGGGGGACCAAGGAAUCGAAAGCCAAGAGGAGCGGCAAGGCAAGAUGCUGUUACACACCGAAUUCUCCUUGCUGUCCCUCCUGCACACACAGGACGGCGUGGUACACCACCACGGACUCUUCCAGGACCGGACUUGUGAACUCAUGGAGGACACAGAGUCUGGGCGGAUGGUCAAGAAGAUGAAGAAGCGCAUCUGCCUGGUCCUUGACUGCCUGUGUGCCCACGACUUCAGUGAUAAGACGGCAGAUCUGAUGAACCUGCAGCACUAUGUCAUCAAGGAGAAGCGGCUCAGUGAGCGGGAGACAGUGGUCAUCUUCUACGAUGUGGUGCGCGUGGUGGAGGCCCUGCACCAGAAAAAUAUUGUACACCGCGACCUAAAGCUCGGGAACAUGGUGCUCAAUAAGAGGACUCAUCGGAUAACCAUCACCAACUUCUGCCUUGGGAAGCACCUGGUGAGCGAGGGGGACCUGCUGAAGGACCAGAGGGGGAGCCCUGCCUACAUCAGCCCUGAUGUGCUUAGUGGCCGGCCAUACCGGGGCAAGCCGAGUGACAUGUGGGCCCUGGGCGUGGUGCUCUUCACCAUGCUGUACGGCCAGUUCCCCUUCUACGACAGCAUCCCGCAGGAGCUCUUCCGCAAGAUCAAGGCGGCCGAGUAUACCAUUCCUGAGGACGGGCGCGUUUCUGAGAACACCGUGUGUCUCAUCCGCAAACUGCUAGUCCUCGACCCCCAGCAGCGCCUUGCUGCUGCUGAUGUCCUAGAGGCCCUCAGUGCCAUUAUCGCCUCUUGGCAGUCCCUGUCGUCUCUGAGCGGGCCUCUACAAGUGGUGCCUGACAUUGAUGACCAGAUGAGCGGUGCAGACAGCGGGCAGGAGGCGAAAGUCACAGAGGAAUGCUCCCAGUACGAGUUUGAGAACUACAUGCGGCAGCAGCUGCUGCUGGCUGAAGAGAAAAGCUCAGUGCACGAGGCCCGGAGCUGGGUGCCCAAGCGGCAGUUCGGCAGUGUGCCUCCCGUGCGACGGCUAGGCCACGACGCGCAGCCCAUGAACCCCCUGGAUGCAGCCAUCCUGGCACAGCGCUACCUGCGGAAAUAGUGGCCUCGGGCAGGGACCCGAAUACCCACACCCAGCUGGCUAUGGGCAGUGGCCGAGCGCUCAGCGCCUCCGGCUGCAUCCGGCCCCAGGCAUGGACAGCCCAGGACACUUGGGUCAGCAGAGGUACCAUGAAGCUACCUUUUGGAACGAUUGCUUGAUUGUUUUUUUGUUUUUUGUUUUUUUGUUUUUUAAUCUGAGAAGCCUAGAAAACUAAUCUGCUUUUAAUCAUGACGUUUUAAUCUACCUCUGUCUCUAACCAUGCUGUCUCUGGACUGCGGGAGAGGGGGUGGGAGGCCUCCCACCCACCCAACCCCCACCCACUCCGGCACGGCCCUUAACGGUGCCGCUGGCUGCCGGCUCCUGCAUGGACAGACGCACGGACAGACGGACGCCCACCUGGGCUUGCCCAGACCCCUCCCACAGUCUGUUUUGGUCUCCAGGUCCCUUGGUCCACGCUUUGGAAACCUUCACCUCAUCUUAAGUGGAAUUCAAAUAUAUUUAUUUUUGUAUUGAAACCAACUUCUUUCCCAUCUCCAGGUGGCUCAGCCAUGUCCACUCCCUGGCCCCAGCCUAGCUGGAUGCAGGGAGCCCCAGAUGGCCUCCCCUCAACCCCAGGCUCAGAGAAGCCCCUUCUUGCCGACCCCCCUCCUCCAGACACAGGCUCCUCCAUCUCCUUGAUGGGACCUUUCUCCAUGCUUCUCUCCCUCUCAGAAAUCUUGGGCUGUCAGGUACCCCCACCACCACCACACCCACUUUCCUGCACUCCCGCUGAUAGUGCUGACCCCUUAGAAUAGGUGUUUCUCCCCUCUGGACCCCUGCCAAGGAUCAUCGUGGACAUGGGGAUUCCAGGGAGACCUGGGGGCCAUGCCUGGUUUGAGAACAGCCCUGCCGCCCUUUUGAGCCGAGAUUUUGAAGUGGAUGCCUGUCUUGCCAGAUAGGCUGUUCUCACCAGGAUCCCCCACUCUCCUGGGGCCACGCGCCCUGCCCCACAUAGUCCCAGGCCCUCAAGCCCUUUUUGUCUAGCCUACUCCCCAGUGUGGAGGGCAGCAGGAUCCCAGGACCAUGCUUCUUAGGGUGUGAGCUGCCCACCCCCCCAAAAGCUGACUCACUGUGAGUGACUUGGGCAAGUUCCCAAACCUCCUUGUGCCUCAGUUUCCCCAUCUGAAAAAAAUGGGGCCACCUCUUGCCAGCAGUAGCAGGGCCGCCCAUGCCCCUCCCCUUUUGUGCCCCAUUCCAGCACAUGGGCGUCUUGUGCCUCUGCCUCAGUGGGUCUGUGGGGAGCCUUCCAGCCUCCCGCCUAUGGCACUUCUCACCCACCCUGGGCCCCCAGCUUGGCCCUCUUAGCCAGCCGGCUACUGAGAGCCAGGGGCCUCUGCUGGGGGCCAGGGCUGUCCUCUUUUCUAUAUUUAUUUCGAAAAGGAGCAAGCUCGGGUUCCCAGCUUCAGACUGUCCUGGAGGCUCCUACCAGAUUGAGCCCCAGUGCCCACAGCCUGCCCAGACCUGGGGGCCUGCUUGCCCCGGAGGGGUCACCGUCCUCCAUCUCAAAGCAAUACCCACCGGUCUGCAGAGCCCUGAUGGACCAUCCCUCCCAAGGUCAGCUCAUGUUUCUGCAGAGCAAAGGAGAGGAGGUGGGGGCUGUCCCCAACCCUCACAUCACACGCUGAGAGAUAGAUGUCCUAUUGUAAAGAAAACAAAACGGAAAAAGUCACAAAAAGUUUGUAUAAAGACAUAUUUUUGUACUACAUGAGGACUCUUCCUGCAUGUCAGCAAUAAAAUCUCCUGCUCUGGAGCCACUGGA